UUCUCAUCUUGUCAAGGAAUAGCAUGGUGAAAUAUUUUAAUUCUGGCUGGGACGUAUGCCUUCUGGUUACUAUAUCCAUAAUUGUGAUUAUAAACAUAGUAUUAGCUUGUUCCAUUGGUCUGGUGUUGCCAAAGCAUAUGUUAGAAAGAGGCUGGAUAUAUAUUGGUGGCAUACCUAGAACUGAUUCUCCUGAGGUUCUGAAGAAACUUUGCAAAUGCAAAAUGGAUGGUAAACGUUCGUCAAGAUUAUCUGUGAAGAGCUUGAAUGUAACAGAUGUAGUAGACGAUACUACUUCAACUUCUAAUGAUAUAAUCGAUGUUGAGCAAUGAUUUCGAGGAAAAUUCAACAGAAACUGAUCACUGCUCAUUUUAACA